AUGAAUGCGCUGCGGUUCCACGGCCAAAAAGACUUGCGAUUUGAGAAGAUACCAAUCCCAGAAGUCAAGCCAGGUCAAGUCAAGAUAAAGCCAGCAUGGAAUAAAGAGACUGACGUGCCUUUAUACCUACACGAGUAUUUAGGUGGUCCAAACCUCUGUCCCACCACACCUCAUCCAAUCACCGGCGAAACAGUCCCGCUUACCUUUGGCCACGAGUUUAGCGGAACAAUAGAAGAGGUUGGCGAGGGCGUAACAGACUAUAAACCUGGCGAUAGGGUUGUUAUCCAGCCCAUUAUCUACGACGACACCUGUGUUGCAUGCGAAGAGGGAUUGCAUAAUUGCUGUUGGUCUAAUGGCUUCAUCGGUCUAUCUGGAUGGGGUGGUGGGUUAGCAGAUCACAUAGUCGUCCCAACAUCGACUCUAUACCACCUUCCUGACAACGUGCCGCUCGAGAUUGGCGCCCUGGUCGAACCUCUAGCUGUUGGCUGGCACGCUGUUAAAGUCAGUCCCUACAAGAAAGGCGACAGCGUGCUCGUUCUGGGAGGAGGCCCCAUUGGUAUCGCAACUAUCCUCGCCCUCAAGGCAAAUGGGUGCGACAAAAUCAUUGUCUCGGAAAUCAGCAAAAAGAGACAAGAGUUUGCAAGGAACUUUGGCGCACACUACAUCAUCAACCCCGUGAAUGAAGACCUCGCGACCCGUUGUCGGGAACUUACAGGGGGGAAAGGUGUACAUGUAGUUUAUGACUGUGCUGGCGUUCAAGCAGCACUCAACCAAGCAGUCCAUGCCACACGUGCUCGUGGCUGCAUUGUCAACAUUGCCAUUUGGGAGAAGCCAUGCACGAUCCAGACCAACGACUUCAACUUCAAGGAGCGAAGCUACAUGGGCAUUGCAACGUACGAAGUGGGUGACUUUCAAGAAGUGAUUGAUGCACUCAGCCGGGGUGACAUGGAUCCAAAGGCCAUGAUUACGCAGAAGAUUGCUCUGACAGAGGUGGAGGAAAAGGGCUUCAAGAGCCUGAUCAACGACAAGGAUAACCAGGUGAAGAUCUUGGUUGAAGUUGGCGGUGGAACAUGA